AUGUGGAGAAGGAAAUAUUUACAAGUUUUUCAAAAACCCAAUCCAAGAGAUAUUCAUUCAGGGCCUUACAGGAAACCUUCCAGGGUACAUUAUGAUGUGGUGCUUGGUAUACGCAUUGGUGAAAUCAAGUUCAUGAAAGCACUGGUCUUCCCGUUAACAUUCGCUAGCACUGCUGUUGUUGGGUUUACCGGAGGAAGGAUUACUGGUAAUCCCCUCGCUACCGCACGUGGUAGCGACAAGAACGAAAUCAGUGACCGAACUGUGUUGAAUUUUCAGCAAACUUCGCCCGUUUUUAGCCAAUUGCCUCUCGAAUACAAUUUACAAAUUUACAUUUGCGCAGAAAAGAUGGAAAAGAUAGACACCUCAACCAAUUCUAAAAGAAUUCAAGACCCCUACCUCAAAGUUGUGAAAGGGGAUCCCAAUGUUUCCUUCGUUGUUUAUUAUGUUGACAAAAAUGCAACAUUGGACGUUUCAGAGACCGGCAAUGGAUCAUUGGAUGAAUUUGUUGAAAACUUCAAUGACGGUCAAGUUCAAUUUGGUUUGGUGAGAGUUACUGUCCCUGGCUCUGAUGUAUCCAAGAACAUAUUGUUAGGUUGGUGUCCCGAUAAUGCACCAGCGAAAUUAAGAAUGUCGUUUGCAAACAAUUUUGCUGAAAUCUCAAAGAUUUUCAAUGGAUACCAUAUCCAAAUUACAGCUAGAGACCAGGAUGAUUUGGAUGUUGAUGACUUUUUGAACCAGGUCUGUGCAGCUGCUGGUGCAAGAUAUUCGACUAUUGCGGAUGGUUCGUCAAAGAAACCACCAGCACCAGCAGCCGCUGCUGCGAACGUUUCCAAACCAAUUGUCUCAAAACCAGUAUCAUCCACUAACAAGCUGUCGUUUGUUCCAAAAUCUACUGGAAAACCAAUUGCUGCGGUAUCUUCUGGUAAUAAGCCAAAACCUCACUCGAAUGAUGAUGGCUGGGGCGAUGCUCAAGAUGUUGAAGAACGUGACUUUGACGAAAAGCCAUUGGAGAAUAUCCCCUCCACUUACAAGCCCACGAAGGUUAAUAUCGAAGAAUUGAGAAAACAAAAGUCCGACACUAUUAGCUCCACCCCUAAGUCGAAGUUUAGUGCAUCUCAAGACAAACAAGAGGAAGAAUCUCCUAAACCUUUAAGUGAGCGUAUGAAGACUUACGAACAAAAUGAUGGUAGAUUGACAUCACUUCCAAAGCCAAAAGUUGGGCAUUCAGUUGCUGAUAGGUACAAAUCAAAUGCGACAUCUUCUGGGGCACCCUCAUUUGGAGCAAAACCAACUUUUGGUGCAACUAGGAAUGACAGAAGCGAUAAAGUCGUUGGGGGCUUGUCGAGAAAUUUUGGAGCCGAGAAUGGUAAGACACCAGCACAAAUUUGGGCUGAAAAGAGAGGUAAGUACAAGACUGUCGCAGCCAAUGAAGAGCCAAGUUCAGAGAAUGGUCAAAAUGAAACCUUCGAGAGUCAUGCGUCAGAAUUGACCAACAAGUUUGAGAGAAAUGCCAAAAUAAAUGAUGAUGAAGAGGAGGAAGAAGAGGGGGAAGAAGAGCCUGCAACCUUACCAGCAAGAAACUUACCGCCACCACCUGCAAGACAACCAGAGCCUGAAGAGGAAGAAGAAGAAGAAGAAGAGGAGGAGGAGGAGGAUGAAGAGGAUGAGAAACCCGCUAGAUUGCCAGCAAGGAACUUACCUCCAUCCUUGCCAUCUCGUGGUUCAGAACCAAACGAGCCUAAACCACCUGUCUUGCCUACAAGAAAUUUGCCUCCGGCUAAUAAAGGUUUUGAAGACGAUGAUGAAGAUGAAGAAGAUGAAGAUGAAAAACCAGCAACCUUACCAGCAAGAAACUUGCCUCCACCACCUCCAAGACAGCCAGAGCCUGAAGUGGAAGAAGAAGAGGAAGAGGAUGAAGAACAACCUGCUGUAGACCCAAGUUCACAAAAGACAGAUUCCGUAACUGCUACUGCCGAGUAUGAUUACGAAAAGGAUGAGGAUAACGAAAUUGGUUUCGCAGAGGGUGAUCUCAUUGUAGAGAUUGAUUUUGUUGAUGAAGACUGGUGGUCAGGAAAACAUUCAAAGACUGGUGAAGUUGGUCUUUUCCCUGCGAAUUACGUCACCUUGAAUGAGUAG